GGUUGCUUCUUUAGUUUAGUCUGUUAGAAGUUUUACUCGCGAUUGGAAAUGUUUACGUACUUGUAACUUAUAGAAUAAAUCCUGUACCACGCUUCAAAGAAACUUGACAUUCUAACUGACAGUAAUUCCGGUUUAAAAUCAUUUUUAAAAUAAAAUUCCAAAAAGACGUUUUUAACUUGACAAAAAUUGUUUAUAAUUCAAAAAAAAAUAUAAACAUGAGUAACUUUUUAAAAAAAAAAAAGGAUACUUGAAAGAAUAAAUUUUUGAAGCGUAGGGGAAAUGAUUUAAAAUAAUUGUGAGAAAAUAAUUGUGAUUAAAGGUAGUUUGUUAAUGAACUUAACUUUUUAUCAUAAUCAUUGCUGUUAUUCUUCAGUAAUAGAUUUUUUUUGUUUGAAAACGAUGUAAGUUCGUUCCCCUUUGUAUCUCGGGCCGUUCAACCUUGGUUUCAUAGCCGCCAGAAGAACAAGAAACGGCGUGUGUGUGCGUGUAGCAGAAAACUGGGAGCAAGUGGAGCGAGAAUGUAUGGAAAAUUGAAAAAUAGAUAGAAAUGAAAGCACAUUCGAUAAUUGCUAUCUAACCAAAGAGCACGAAAUGAUUCGCUAUGGUGACUGACACUUAAGCUCCAUCAUCGAGAAGAUUAUUACUUGCAUUCUCGUUGGUACAUUAUCAUUUUUCCCCUGCUUACACUGUCGAGAAAGAAGGAAAGUCUGAUUCCUUGCUACACCGUCAUUCAGACACAAGAAGGGAGAGAUCUCCUGAGAUGGUGUGUGACCACGCAUGCAUGAGUCUACAACACUACGGAAUCACGUGAAUGUCGUACUUAAUUUAUAAUUUAAUACACCUGGUAUGGGCCAAGCAUGCCCUCUAAAAAGCAGUACAAUCUUGUUCACAAUGAUGAUUACGAUACAAAGGUUUCUCUGCACAGCGAAGAAGCUUUUCAUCGUGGAAUUGUAUUCCAUGCAAAGUUUAUUGGAUCGAUGGAAGUUCCUCGACCUACCAGUCGAGUGGAGAUAGUAGCUGCGAUGCGUCGGAUCCGAUAUGAAUUCAAGUCAAAAGGAAUUAAAAAGAAGAAAGUAACUCUUGAAGUUUCGGUUGAUGGCGUCAAAGUAACUCUUCGCAAGAAAAAGAAAAAACAACAAUGGAUAGAUGAAAAUAAAGCAUUCCAAAUGCACUAUCCAAUCUACAGAAUAUUCUAUGUCUCCCACGAUAGCCAUGAUCUAAAGAUAUUCAGUUACAUCGCUCGCGAUGAAAACAGUAAUUCAUUCAAAUGCAACGUAUUUAAAUCGAACAAAAAGAGCCAAGCCAUGAGAGUAGUUAGGACAGUUGGUCAGGCUUUCGAAGUGUGCCAUAAAUUAAGUUUAAAUGCUGAACAAAGAGAACAAGAGCUUGAAAAAGACAGGGAUGUAAGAGAACGUAGUGAAGAACAUCUGCUUCGUCGAGAUGAAUACGAAGAUGAGAUGAUCAAUGAUCGUUCUUAUCUUACACCUGCUCGGACCCCUUCUCCUCACAUACAUAAAGACAUUUCGCUGUUAGGUGAUGGAGAAGAUCCUGCUCAAGAUCCACCACCGGCUAUUACGCCUUGUAUACUUAGAACACAUGGGACCUCAGCAUCUCCAAUCAGACAAUCUCCAUCAGGAACUGUAGUAUCAGAGUGUGGAGAGUUGUCAGCGCUAGGUGGAAAUGAACUGAGAUCUUUGAAACAUGACGUUCAACUUCUUCGAGAGCGUCUAGAGCAACAGAGUCAGCAAACACGUGCUGCUGUAGCUCACGCACGUCUUUUGCAAGACCAGUUGGCAGCUGAAACUGCAGCAAGAAUCGAAGCUCAAACGAGGAGUCAUCAGCUUCUUGUUCAGAAUAAGGAACUUUUAGAACACAUAAGUGCUUUAGUGAACCAUUUAAGAGAACAAGAGCGUGCUACAGGAGUUCAUGGAACUCCAACAACCCCAUUACCAGGUGCUAAUUUAACAGGAAAUGCAAUAUCUUCUCAAAUUCCUACAAUGCCUGAUCUCUCAAAUCUCGGCCAGCAGUCACAUCGAACGCCGGGUCAAAAUUCACCUUGGGAGUUGGAAUCACAGGCUUUUACAUACAAUUAUCCACCUGAAAUUUAUACAACGGCUCCUGCUCGAAGUGCACUCUAUACUUCCAAUGAUGAGAUACAAUUUCAAGCCCAGUUGAUGGAGAGACUUCACAAUUUAAGUCCUUAUCCAGCUCAAAGGUCACCUUAUGCAACACCAUCACCUUAUACUAUGCAGCCACCAACUUUCCUUCUACCACCAAAUAAUAAAUUACCUAGUUCACCAUCACCUGUAGGUUUGUCCCUUCGAGUAACUCAAGCCAACAGUUAUACAUCAUCUCCAGUAAUGUCACAUAAAAUGUCAAUAUACACAGCAUCUGCUGAAAACUCUACAGAUCCUCUUUCAGAACUUCAAACACUGAUCAAACCUUUACCCUGUGUUGACACACGUACCCUUGAACGUCAAAGAAACUCUCUACACGUCCUUGGACCAGCUGUGAGAGACACAGACACUGGACCACUCUUUAAACAACCACAAAGAUCUAGUUGCCCUCCACAAAAUUCAUUAACUCUAGAUAGUCCACAGCAAAGCAGACGACUAGAAAAUAAUGGAAAGCAGAAUAAUGUUAAGCUUCAAGAAAGUCCAUCAGUAGAUGUAGGAAAAAAAUCAAUAAAUGACGAUAGUUCGACUUCAAAAAAUGCACUUGCUACUAUACUCAGGUCGAGUGGACCACCACCAUCAAGGACAACCAGUGCAAGGCUUCCUUCAAGAAAUGAUCUCAUGAGUCAAGUUCAACGCAAAACUUGGGCUCGACAUACUACUAAAUAGUUAUAAUAAUGAAUUAAAACUUUUUAGUCAAUUGUUUUGUUACUAGAAGACUUUAUAGAAAAGUUUACUAAAGAAAUUUAAAUUAACAAAAAAUGACAAUGAAGCAAUUUUUCUCAUUAAUUUUUUUUAUUAUAAAAAUAUUUU